AUGAGUGAUAUUCCUCGUGUCAACAGUGGCUACAAGCGAAAGAAGAGUGAGGGCCACCAAGUCAUGCAGAACCUGGAGGCAUCCAGCCUUGCUAGCUUCAAGACUACUGAGGAUUCUGAGAAUAUUUCUGGUGCUGCUAAGAAGGGCGGUAAUAGUAGUGACAAUGGUUCUCCUCCGACGAAGAAGAAGAAGCGCACCCACAAGCCUCGCAAGGUUAUCAAGGGCCAACCUCCCACGAUGGCGUCCGCCUGCUACGACUGCGCCCAUAUACGCAGUAGCUGCAAAGUUCCCGUGGGUCAAGCUGUUGAACUUGGACAGCAGCUCCAGAACUUUGCCCUCCACAUCGUUGACAGUCAAAGCGCCGAUGAAAGAGCUACACAGGUCGAAUGGCUUCAGAGAGCCAAGGCUGCCAAGGCAUCUCUCACAGCGGACCAGGAGAUGCCUAGUGUUGCUCCUAAUCAAGGAUCGCAGAGUGCCUCUGAGGAGCUUGAUCCUGCUUCCUCUAGCAACAUGCCUCCUGUUGGUCGCAUGGAACGCUUCUCAACCGUUCCUACGCAUCCUAUCCAGUCUGGGUAG